AUGAGCAUUCACACAGCAUCUGUCACCGCGCCUGUUAACAUCGCCACCCUAAAGUACUGGGGGAAAAGAGACACCAAAUUGAAUCUGCCCACCAAUUCUUCCAUCUCAGUGACUUUAUCGCAAGAUGACUUGAGAACCUUGACCUCUGCGGCCGCUGCACCCGAGUUUGAGAGGGACACAUUGUGGUUGAACGGCGAACCACAUAGCAUCGAUAACGAAAGAACUCAAAACUGCCUGCACGAUCUACGCCAGUUGAGAAAGGAACUGGAAUCAAAGGACGCUUCAUUGCCCCCUCUAUCCCAAUGGAAACUUCACAUUGUUUCCGAAAACAACUUCCCCACAGCCGCUGGGUUGGCUUCUUCCGCGGCCGGCUUUGCUGCUUUGGUCUCUGCCAUUGCCAAGUUGUAUCAACUACCGCAAUCCACUUCCGAAAUCUCCAGGAUUGCCAGAAAGGGCUCCGGUUCAGCUUGUAGGUCUCUCUUUGGUGGGUACGUGGCUUGGGAAAUGGGCACAGCCCAGGACGGUCACGACUCCAUGGCUGUACAGAUCGCAGACAGCUCCGACUGGCCCCAAAUGAAAGCCUGUGUUCUUGUCGUCAGCGAUAUCAAAAAGGAUGUGAGUUCCACACAAGGUAUGCAAUUGACUGUGGCGACCUCCGAAUUGUUUAAAGAAAGAAUUGAACAUGUCGUGCCCAACAGGUUUGAAAUCAUGCGUAAGGCUAUUAUUGAAAAGGAUUUUGCAACUUUUGCCAAGGAAACAAUGAUGGAUUCCAACUCGUUUCACGCCACAUGCUUGGAUUCCUUCCCCCCAAUCUUUUACAUGAAUGACACUUCCAAAGGUAUCAUCAGUUGGUGCCACUCCAUUAACCAGUAUUACGGCGAGACAAUUGUCGCCUAUACUUUCGAUGCAGGUCCAAACGCCGUGUUGUACUACUUAGCUGAGAACGAACUAAAACUAUUCGCAUUUAUCUACAAACUGUUCGGCUCUGUUCCUGGAUGGGACAAGAAGUUUACUGUUGAACAACUAGAUGCCUUCAAUCAACAAUUCGACUCCGCCAAGUUCACUGUCCGUGAAUUGGAUCUUGAAUUACAGAAGGGUGUUGCUAGAGUGAUCUUGACCCAAGUCGGUUCAGGCCCACAAGAAUCAAAGGAAUCUCUGAUUGACGCAAAGACUGGUUUACCAAAGAAGUAA